CCCAUUUCUAUUGCUCUCCAAAAUUUAUCCAAAAACAAAGAAACACGUCUUCAAAAAUCUAUCCAUACAUAAAAACAGAGCAUAUCUAGAUAGACAAGGAUAAAGAGCAGAGAGAGAGAGAAAGAUCUCGUUCGGAUUGAAUUGAAUCAAUGGCGAAAAGCAGGUGUGAGCUGUGCAGCAAUCCGGCGAGGAUGUUCUGCGAUUCCGAUCAAGCGAGUUUGUGCUGGGACUGCGACGAGAAGGUCCACGCCGCCAAUUUCCUGGUGGCGAAGCACUCGCGCACGCUCCUCUGCCACGUCUGCCACUCUCCGACGCCGUGGAAGGCCGCCGGCCCCAAGCUCGGCCCCACCGUCUCCGUCUGCCACGCCUGCAGCCGCCGAUCUCAAGCCUCCGAGGACCGAUCUCGCAGCGGCGGCGAGAGCGACAGCGACGGAGAGGAUCGGGAGUAUUCCACCGCCGAGAGCGACGAUUCGAGCGAAGACGACGACGAUUACGAUGAAGAGGAGGAGGAGGAAGGCGACGUGGAUGAGAAUCAGGUGGUUCCGUGGUCGGCCUCCGCUUCCGAUUCGCCGCCGGCGGUUUCGACCAGCGGCGGCGAGAUUGAGGAGGAGAAUGUUUCUCUCUCCUCAUCGAAACGAGCGCGUGACGAUCCUUUUCCCUCUUCUGAGGAUGAGGAUGGAUGCUCGUCGUGGCGGAAUGGGGAAAUGAGUUAUGAAAUCGAAUCCUAUGAGAAUUGUAGCUCGUCGUCGUCGGGAAUGUUGAGACCGUUGAAGAUGAGGAGAGAGGGUGCGCCGGCGGAGGCCUCGUCGGGGACGGCGGCGAUUGUGGAGAAGCUGCGGAGGUUUGAGCAGGAAAUUGUGAGGUUGAUGCCAUGAUAUUAGGUCUCUGCAAUCUCACUAGAGAUUGAUUUCUGGAAUUCUGAUCUACAUCAAUUUUUUUUAAAUUA